GGGGCGGGGCGUGGGCACGGCACGGAAGGGGAGGGGUCACGCGGGGCGGAGCGGUUACGUCACACGUUCCGUGGCGGGGAGGUGCCGGGGCCUGUGCGCGUGCGUGGAAGCGGUAGGGCGGGCAGAGCGCGGUGCCGGUUCACGAUCCUAGGGCCAGGAUCCUCCCCCAGCCCCGGGGGUCCCUCGGGAUGUUGGAACAGGGAUUCGGGAUUGUUAAUGUGGGGGUAUUGGUGCGAUCUGGGAGAUCCGGACAGUGAGAGCCGCCCCAUCCCUUGGGCUCGGCCCGGACGCGGAGUGGGGUGUUGGGUCUCUCCCUCGGUGCAGAGGCCAUGAAGAUUAACCAGGACACGGUGCUGCGGGGAAAGAAGGUGACGCUGGUGCCCUACACGGCUGCACACGUGCCCCGGUACCACCAGUGGAUGCAGUCGGAGGAGCUGCAGCGACUGACGGCCUCAGAGCCCCUCAGCCUGGAGCAGGAGUACGAAAUGCAGCACAGCUGGCGGGAUGACACUGACAAGUGCACCUUCAUCGUGCUGGACUCGGGGCGCUGGCCUGGGCAGGCAGAGGAGAACUCCAUGGUGGGGGAUGUGAACCUCUUCCUCACCAACACUGAGGACCCGACUCUGGGCGAGAUUGAAAUCAUGAUUGCAGAGCCCAGCUGCCGUGGCAGAGGAUUUGGCAAGGAGGCAACUCUGCUGAUGAUGGCCUAUGGAGUGAAAAAACUGGGGAUCACCAAGUUUGAGGCUAAGAUUGGUCAGGAAAAUGAAGCCAGUAUCUGCAUGUUCAAAAAGCUUCACUUUAAGGAGGUUGCUGUGAACAGCAUUUUCCAGGAGGUGACGCUGAGGCUGGAUGUCAGUGAGCAGGAGAGGCGGUGGCUCCUGGAGCAGACAAAGCACGUGGAGGAGAAGAGCUACACCGAGCUGAAGCAGCCAGCUGGGGCGCUGGCCAGCUGACACACACCUCCAGACACCAGCUGGGCUUCCUGGGAGAACUUGGACAUUGUUUUAAAGCUUGGGUGUGGAGGACACCAGUGAGCAAACUCUGGAACUGUUUUCAUCUGUCUCCUUCAGCUGCUUUGUCAUCUCGUCAACUUUGCACUUUGCUCUGCCAGCCAGGAUUACUGCCUGAAAGUUGGACCUGGGGAUCAGCCACCAACUCCCAGGUUUGGCUAGGAAUGACUCUCAGUUGAUUCCUGGACAAGCAGAAACUUCUCUCACUGCUCUUAAAUUAGGAUUCUGCAGCGAGGAGUUUUCAUAAAGUGCAGCUCAGUCUUUUUUACUCUUGAAUUAAAAAAAAAAUAAAAAAAUCACAAAGAUCUGAGGUGCCUGAGCACUACGUGGGGCUCAGCUGCUCUCUUUGGCAGCUCAGUAAGUGGUUUAGAAGUUGUGAAGGACAGCAGAGACUCUUUAAAGCCAGUUUCUUGGGGUCUGGGAGGUUGCAGGGGGGCACUGCUGGGUCCUGGCAGGGGGAAGCCCAGAUGUGGGUGAGCAGAAAGGGCAAGUUAAGAUGAUGGAAAUUGUUGAUAUUGGCUGAUCAAGACUAGAGCUGAGCCCCACCACGAUGAGGGAACUGAGAGUUGCAGGAGGCUUUUGAGACAAACCCCCUUCAGUUUCAGGGCUGUGCUCCAGAUCUGAAAACCUCAGGCCAGCAGUGAUGUUGCACUUUAUUUUCCUUGGCUUUCCUUUGAUGAAUUCAUGGAGAACACACUGAAAGGAGAUAGCUCCCUUCUUCCAUCAGCUCAGGACUUGCUCUACUGAGCCUGGAGGCUUCAUUUGCUGUUCUCCACUAAGAUAAAGAUGAAUGUGGGGAAAAUAUCUCUUACUGGGGGGCAGAUAUAUUUAGGGCAGGAGUUAUCCAGCAUCUGCUGCAGAAGAGCCGAGAUCCAUGGAUGAAAAAGAGGCACUUGGCCUGACUCUCACUGGACAAACUUCCCUGUGCAGUUACUCAGCCUGACCUCUCCUGCCCUACACAGGCUGUCCACAGCAGGGAAGCUGCUAAGAGGAGAGGACAGAAGGUUAGAAGGAUAACUGAUGCUCCUGUGUGUUUUUCUUUGGUAACAGCAGCUGUAAUGGCUAAUCGUAGACCACAAAUUACCUGUUUCAGUGAUGGAGGAUCAGGUAGUAACUUUCAGAUUUGCCCAGGGAUGUUUUGCAGUUUGGCAGUCUGUGGAAUUUUUAGUGUUGCUGUGCCUAUAUUUUUAGGGCCUGGGGGCUUCAGCUUUCCAAUUUUAGCUAAUUUAAAUACAUGACUCCUGUGACAAAUAUUAAGGCCAAGCGUGGGAACAGUGUAUCAUGGCAUUUUAAACAAGUAUUUAGUGUGGAUUUAGUUGUAGUGAAAGCUCUAUGUGGUAAUAAAGUAAAGAGCAGCUCUACUUCCCGCUGGGAUUACCAUGACAAGGGCUACUAAUCCUCCUGCUACUCGUCACCUGCUGCAGGCAGAAAUGGAUUCUGUCCUCCAGAACAAGAUUUACAGAACCUGCUUGGUGAGCUGCUGGCUCUGGUGCUCCUUCCCUGAAGUGUCUCAUCGCUGUGCCAGAGCAGCAAGGCCAAACCAGCAGGAGAGAUCUAGCUGGGCUGGGAUUUGCUCCCCUAAAACCUGACCAAGGUGGGAAAAAAUAAUUUCUUUCCACCUCUGCUGGCAGGGGGAAGGGGCAGGGUGAUGUCUGUCAGCUCCCCUGCCCAGCUGGUUGCUCUGGAGCCAGCGAGGGCCCUGCUUGGCAUCCCCGGUCCCGGCAACGCCGGCGCUGCCCGGCUCCGCGGGCGGCUGGGAACAGCUUUUCCUGGCAACCCAAAACAAAGUUGGGUCUGUCCUGGAGCUCAGCCCGCCCCAGAGGCUGGGGAGAAGAGUCCCAGCAGGGCUCAAACAGGCUUCCCACAGGGAACCAGUGCCCAGCUGCCCUGGCCAGGCCAAGAGGCAAAAGAUGCUGCUGGGACCCACUGGGUGCCCCCAGUGCUGCCCUGCCCCACCCUGGAGCAUCCAUCCCUGCUGCCCCAACGGGAUGAGGAUGGCAAAACAGGGGAUGGGGGCUCACUUCCCUCAGAGGAUGAGACAGGUUGGAAUGGGCUCCCCCAGCUUCCAGGAGGAAGUGACAGCCUGUACAUCCCCUGGAAAUCUAGUGGCACUUUGUCACCUGGGUGUCAUUUGAGGUGCAGGGAUCAGUGACCACUCGUGUGCUCAGGUGGAAGAGCUUCUUUGCAGAUUUGGAGCACAAGAAUGUGCAUUAAGGGAGGGAGGAAGUGAAGAUACCAGACAGAGGCCAGGCACAGCCCUGCCUUGUCCUACUGUGCCACCAGUCUGGCCCCACUGAGCCACGCAGGGCUACAUCCAUUCAUUCAGAGGUUCAAGCACCCCUCUCCUCACCAAUCCCCCAUUACCUUGCCUCAACCCUGGCUCAUCCCAAAAACCCCCACAGGGACUGGGGGCACAUAGGGGCUGCCCCCAAGAGAGUUGCUGCCCUCCAGCCUGGCCAGCAGACACAGAUUAGAGCUUUGCAUCACUGCCCCUCACCCUCCCCAUCCCCCUCCUCCCCUUCCCCACCCCCAGCACUCCCCAGGGGAUUAAAGCCCAUUAAUCACCCCGAGGCAUUAACCCCCACUGGGACCAGACAGUGCUUCCCCCAACCUCCUCAACCUGUCCCUCAGGUGCUGAGGGGCCCCAAAACUAGGCCCAGUGUCCCCCAGUUACCUUUCCCCCAGGACUCUGCACCCCCUCUACUUCUGGAAGAAUUUAGCCUUAAAUCAGACUUGUGAAGUCAGAAAGGUUUAUUCCAGUAAACAGAAUUUUUCUUGAGCUCAACAGUACAACAACACCCGAUUGCAGCACAUGGAAACAAAACAUCCACAGGAAGAAUUUCCAUAAAAUACAGGUAAAAAAAAAACCCAAAGAUGUGAUUGGAAAAAUGCUUAUUUCAGAAAAAAAAACAAAAA